GCCACUCCACAGUCUACGGUACCUCACACAGGAGUCAAAACAACCGAGUCCGGCCGCCGUUGACCGACCGGCCGCUAGCUCGGUGACUGUCCGCAAGUCAGGAGGCCGGGCCGGGGCUGCUGCCUGAGAGAGUCCGGGGGACACAGCCGGAGGAGCGGGGUACACUAACGGAGCCGAACCGCCGGAGAGUCGCUGUGGUCGGGUAGAAUGUUAGCAGCGCAGCGGAGCAGAGACCGAACAGCCCGCUGAUUCACGCAGUCUGCCCGCACACACACACACGCACACUGCCGUUAACUAGCUCCCGGUAAUGUGUCUGCCCGUUAAACCGCCCAGCUGCUGAUGGUCCGUCCGUGCUAACAUUAGCGAGGCUACAUGCUAACAGGCUAACUCAGCCAGCUCAGCAGCGUUAUCUAGAGGUCCGUCUGUCACGGACCGUCCCGGAACUGUCCCGGUACUGGUGGUAUGGCACGGUGAACGGUCAGCAUGCUCUCAUCCCGGUAAACAGAGCAACGCCUAUCCGUUAGCUGCUAGCCGCGGAGCUAACCGUUAGCCGUGAACAUCUGGCCGCAGCGGCCGAGGAUGGUCACGGUGACAGCGGCUGUUCUGGAGGACCGGCCUGCCCCCCCCGCUGGACUUUCAGCCUUCAUGUAAACCGGAGAACCGGAGUCCGGACCCCGCGGCGGCAGCAGCCAUGCAGGCGGCGCAGCUGCAGUACGACUUCUUCAACGAGGAGAACGCACCGAAAUGGAGAGGCCUGCUGGUUCCGUCCCUGGAGAAGGUACUGAACCAGGUGCACCCUAACCUGGUGUCCCAGCAGGAGGCGCUGCAGUACAUCGAGGAGCUGAUCCUGCUGCUGCUCAGCAUGCUGUGUCAGGCUCAGCCACGCACUGUGCAGGACGUGGAGGAGCGAGUUCAGAAGAGUUUUCCUCACCCGAUCGAUAAGUGGGCGAUCGCUGACGCUCAGGCCGCCAUUGAAAAGAGGAAGAGGAGGAACCCGCUGGCUCUACCUGUGGACAAGAUCCACCCCCUGCUCAAGGAGGUGCUGGGGUAUAAGAUUGACCACCAGGUGUCGAUCUACAUGGUCGCCGUGUUGGAGUACAUCUCUGCCGACAUCCUGAAGCUGGCAGGAAACUACGUCAGGAACAUCCGGCACUACGAGAUCUCGCAGCAGGACAUCACCGUGGCCAUGUGUGCAGACAAGGUGCUGAUGGACAUGUUCCACCAGGACGAGGAGGACAUCAGCGGCUUCCCUCUGAUGGACGAGGAGCCGUCAGCCAGUGAGGAGCAGAGUUACUACGAGCUGGUGAGGAGCUUCAUGUCGGACGGCCGGCAGUACCUGAGACAGCUCAACCUGCUCAUCAAGGUGUUCAGAGAGCCCUUCAGCUCCAGCCACAUGCUCUUCUCUCAGCACGAUGUGGACAGUAUCUUCAGUCGGAUAGUUGACAUCCAUGAGGUGACUGUGAAGCUGCUGGGUUUGGUGGAGGACACGGUGGAGAUGACCGAUGAAGGCAGUCCUCAUCCUCUGGUGGGAAGCUGCUUCGAGGACCUGGCUGAGGAGCUGGCCUUUGACCCCUAUGAGACGUACGCUCAGGACAUCCUGCGCUCUGGUUUCCAUGAACACUUCCUGAGUCAGGUGUCCAAACCAGGAGCUGCCUUCCACCUCCAGUCCAUCUGUGAAGGUUUCAAAGAGGCGGUUCAGUACGUUCUGCCCAGACUGCUGCUCACUCCAGUCUACCACUGUCUGCAUCUGUUCGAGAUCCUCAAGCAACUGGAGGAGAAGAGUGAAGAAGAGGAGGACAAAGAGUGUCUGAAACAGGCCAUCACAGCGCUGCUGAACCUGCAGAGCAGCAUGGAGAGGAUCUGCUCCAGGAGCCUCGCCAAGAGGAGGCUCAGCGAGUCGGCGUGUCGUUUCUACAGCCAUCAGAUGAAGGGGAAGCACCUGGCCAUCAAGAAGAUGAACGAGAUCCAGAAGAACAUUGACGGCUGGGAGGGGAAGGACAUCGGCCAGUGCUGCAACGAGUUCAUCAUGGAGGGCACACUGACCCGCGUGGGCGCCAAACACGAGCGCCACAUCUUCCUGUUCGACGGCCUGAUGAUCUGCUGCAAGUCCAACCACGGCCCGGCGCGACUGCCCGGCGCCGGCUCCACCGCAGAGUACCGGCUGAAGGAAAAGUUCUUCAUGCGCAAAGUUCAGAUCAAUGACAAGGACGAUAAGGAGGGCGAGUACCGGCAUGCCUUCGAGAUCAUCCUGAAGGAUGGGAACAGCGUGGUGUUCGCCGCUAAGUCUGCCGAGGAAAAGAACGGUUGGAUGGCUGCGCUGAUCUCGCUGCAGUACCGCAGCACGCUGGAGCGCAUGCUGGACUCGGCCAUGCUGCAGGAGGAGAAGGAGGAGCAGAUGAGGCUACCGGGAGCCGAGGUGUACCGCUUCGCUGAGCCGGACUCCGAGGAGAAUGUAGUGUUCGAGGAGAAUGUCCAGUCCAAGUCCGGGAUCCCCAUCGUCAAAGCUGGGACGGUCCUGAAACUGAUCGAGAGGCUCACCUUCCACAUGUAUGCAGAUCCAAACUUUGUCCGAACAUUUCUGACCACCUAUAGGUCUUUCUGUAAACCUCAGGAGCUGCUGGACCUGCUCAUGGAGAGGUUCGAGAUCCCGGAGCCGAGGCCCAGCGAGGCGGAUCAGAUGGAGGGAGGAGAGCAGCCGCUCAGCGCUGAACUCAAACGCUUCCGGAAAGAGUUUGUUCAGCCGGUACAGCUCAGAGUGCUGAAUGUGUGUCGUCACUGGGUGGAGCAUCACUUCUACGACUUCGAGAGAGACGCUCACCUGCUGGGACGACUGGAGGAGUUCAUUGCCUCAGUCAGAGGUAAGGCGAUGAGGAAGUGGGUGGAGUCAAUCACUAAAAUCAUCCAGAGAAAGAAGCAGGUUCAGGUGAGCGUGCCCAGUCACAGCAUCACCUUCCAGAACUCUCCUCCUCCUUUUGAGUGGCACAUCUGUAAACCAGGAAACAUAGACCAGUUCGACCUCAUGACUCUGCACCCCAUUGAGAUCGCCCGCCAGCUCACCCUGCUCGAGUCAGACUUCUACAGGGCGGUGCAGCCGUCGGAGCUGGUCGGCAGCGUCUGGACCAAAGAGGACAAAGAGAUUCACUCACCCAACCUGCUGAGGAUGAUCCGACACACCACCAACCUCACCCUGUGGUUUGAAAAGUGUAUCGUAGAAACGGAGAACCUGGAGGAACGAGUUGCUGUUGUAUCCCGGAUCAUUGAGAUCCUGCAGGUUUUUCAGGAACUCAACAACUUCAACGGUGUUCUGGAGGUGGUCAGUGCCAUGAACUCAUCUCCGGUCUACAGACUGGACCACACCUUUGAGCAAAUCCCGAGUCGACAGAGAAAGAUCCUGGAGGAAGCCCACGAGCUGAGCGAAGACCACUACAAGAAGUACCUGGCCAAGCUGCGCUCCAUCAACCCCCCCUGUGUGCCCUUCUUCGGAAUCUACCUGACCAACAUCCUGAAGACGGAGGAGGGAAACCCCGACUUCCUGCGCCGGCACGGAAAAGACCUGAUCAACUUCAGCAAGAGACGGAAAGUGGCUGAAAUCACCGGAGAGAUCCAACAGUACCAGAACCAGCCGUACUGUCUGAGAGUGGAAAGCGACAUCAGGAAGUUCUUUGAAAACCUUAACCCAAUGGAGGACAUGUCCGAGAAGGACUUCGCUGAUCACCUGUUCAACAAGUCUCUGGAGAUCGAACCUCGAAAUGCCCGAUCGUUACCUCGCUUUGUGAAGAAGUACACCUGUCCUCUGAAGUCUCCGGGGAUCCGGCCAACCUCGGCAAGGCUCGGCACCAUGCGACACCCGACGCCGCUGCAGAACGAGCCCAGGAAGAUCAGUUACAGCCGCAUCCCUGAUAACGAGGCAGAAGGCGGGGCCGUCUCUGCCCCCAACUCCCCCCGCACCCCGCUGACUCCUCCCCCCGCCUCCGGCGCCUCCAGCUCCACAGAUGUAGGCAGCGUGUUCGACUCGCCGCAGGGUCCCAGCAGCCCCUUCCACUCAAGGUCGUCCUCGGUUUCCUCCAUGAUGAGUUUCAGCCGUGGUUCUGAGGACGUUCCGGUUCCACCUCCGGUUCCUCCUCGCAGACGGCCAGAGUCUGCUCCGGCCGAGUCGUCUCCAUCUAAGAUGAUGUCGAAGUUGGACAGCCCCCCUGCUGUCCCCCCUCGUCAGCCCACCUGUAAGCUCCUCCCCCCUCGUUACUCCUCAUCGCUGUCGUCGUCGUCCCCCCCCGACAGCCCCCCCUCCCUGCCGCCUCGUGAGCCCCUCAGCUCUCCCCUGCACCUCCUCCCUCCCCCCCAGGGCCGCCCCCGCUGUGACCUGCUGCCUCAGGCCUUCUUCCCCGCCACCACCUCCUCCUCCCCUUCCAUAUGCUCCGCCCCCGCCACCUCCUCCUCCUCACCCCCACUCCCUCCCCCCACCCCUAUAACUCCCACCUCCAUCUCCAGGAAGAUGCCUCUCCCCUCCCCGCCCCUCUCCCUCCUCCCACUUGAUGGGCCCCCGGUCCCACCCCGACAUGGCGUCCCCAAACUCCCCCCCAAGACAUACAAGAGGGAGUCUCUGAGCCCCCCCCCUACUGGACACGCCCCCCGCACUGUGAUUGGAUAGUCUGGACUUCCUGGAGGGGACGUGGCAGCUGAUUGGGCAGCCUGUGGAGGAGGCGGGGCUAGAUGAGCUAACACUACAGCUGAUAGGCUCAGAACAGACCAAAUGAUGGAUUUAACGACAUAAAACAUCUGAUUGACCAAUAAGAAUGUUCUGAACCGAUCCGGACUGAGACCAGAUAAAAUAAAGAUCACGUGCCCUUAUUCUGAAGACCCGAUUAUGGCCUCCAGCUGCAGAACGUCGGAGAACAUUCGUCUGUUUGACUGUUCUGUGAGCUCAGACCUCAUUGGACCAACUCGUGUUGAAUAGGGACUCUUGACAGAGAGGAUUGUGGGUAAGGAUUGUAGUGCGCCACAGCUGAAGUGGACUCUUGGUCUGAGGUGUAGAUGUGUCAGGAGCCUUCAGGUAUCGGAACCAGAACCACAGAGGUACUGUAUUGGUUCUGGUGGACCUGAUGAUUGAUUGUUUAUGAUGUAAACUAACAUGAUGAUUGCCUUCUUCAAAACAAGGGAAUAAACAUGUUUCUGCCGUCGAGCUGGACGGACACCCAGAA